AACACAAAAAAGAAAACCAUAUUUCACAAAGAUUAGGAGAACUUAAUACAAGACAACAAGAAAGAUUCUACCCAGAAGAAAUUAAUCAACAAAGUCAUCAGGAAAAAUUUUAUCCAGAAGAAUUAUAUCCAGAGAAUAGGAGAUAUGAAAAAGAAUGGAAAGAAUUUAGAGAAGGAAAUCCUCAAGAAAACAACAAAACUCGUUUAAUAGAAAGAAAAAGAAAUACUUGCUCAAACUGUAAUAAGGAGGGACAUUACUUUCAAGAUUGUCCAGAAGUAGAAUGUGAAAUAUGUAGAAAAAAGGGACAUAUUAAAAGAUUUUGUCCAGAAAGAAUAUGUGGAAUUUGUGAUAGAAAAGGACAUUUAGAAAGGGAUUGUAAAAAUCAAAGAAUAAUUAAUGAUUUAGGAAAAGAAUUUUCGUUCAAAAAGAAUUUUGAGGAAAAUGAAUACCAACAGAAUAAUAGUUAUAAAUCUGAUUGA